AUGUGCUCGACUUGGCCUAGUAUCGUACUAGUUUUUUAAUAACCGUUGUUUUACAGAAAACCGAUUCAGCCAUGAUCCUCGAUGAGGUCAACAAAUCGCGACAAAUGAUGCUGAAAAAUAACUCUUCCAUGUCGAGUCGUGCUAACCGAGAACCGUUGGCGCAGCAGUGUACGGAUCAACGUAGUCUCAGUCUGUUCACUGCAGUGGAGACACAACAUUAUCCAACAACAUUUGUCCCAAAUAACUCGAAUUUCGGCAAUCCUCUUAUCGCCGUGUUUCCAAGGAUCGUUGCAGAGGAAACGGACCGCGCGAAUGCGUCUGGCACUACACCGACCAAGUGAUGUAGCAACUUUACCUUUGUUAUGCAUUUAUGUACUGUUGGCACGUUUCUCAUGCUGUGACUAUAAUUUAUUUCUUGUAAAAACCUUCUCUGAGAAAUUUUCCCUGAAUUUAUUUCCGUUUUCUCUUAUAAUAGUUCACUUUUUUUUGGAAUAA